UUAAGAAAUCACCUCGGCUUCAUUAUAACAUCUGCAAUUAAAUUAUGUUUCAUGCAAGGUUAAGGUUGAUAGCCUAACAUUUAUUAACUUCCAAGAAGAUUAUCAAACUGCCGAAAUAUAUUUCUACUUAUAUCAUGAUUAUUGUGUCAACUAGCUUCCUCCAAUUUUAUUCCCUAACGCCACUGUUUCUACUUAAGUUACGCAUCUUUACUAAAUAGAACGAAAAAGGUCGGUUGAACUUUGUAAGCGAGAGAAUAAUAUUUUUAAAGCUUGUUUACAGGAUUAACAAUACUCGAUACAGCUUUCAAAAAAAUAAGCUGCCUUUUAAACUUCUAAAACCACAUUUUAUAGGGCGCAUACUUUCGAAUAAAAGUCUAUAUCUAAAUAUCAAUUAUUGCUUCACUGGAAGAGCUUUGAAAAUAUACGAUCUUUUUUACUCUACCUUGGAGCACGUGAAACACAACUCAUAAAUACGUGCGUUAAUACUGUCAACGAUAGCCGAAUUCGGUCAGAAAUGUCUUGAAGUAGCUUCAGCACUAAAAUAUGAACCCUUAAACAGCUGCAUCACUGUACACAGCGUUUGAAUAAUGAAGAUAUUUAAUAUAAUGUUUCCAAACACCUGUAGCCGUAAUAAAAGACGAAAAAAUUGCGAAGAAUAAAGAUGGCGGUCUCAAAGUGCCCUUGUUCGACCUUUACCAAUGUCAUGUUUAAGUAGAUGCUAAGAUCUCAUUGGUUCCUAAGCAUCAACUAAUAGUACCUUCAACCUUAUUGGCUCUUGCAACAAAGAUCCGAACAUACAAAGUUACAAAGCCACAAAGAUGCAUACGCUCACACCACUGACAUAUGAGCUAUUUUUUCAAAAUAGCUCAAAAAUGACGUGUUUUCUACUCUUUGACAAAUUAUGCGAUUAUACCGUGCAGAAUUUAGUGGUCGGCAGUUCGAAUAGCGACGAUGGAACAUGUAAAACAGACAAAGAAAGAAGCGCAUUAAAAUUGAAAAUUAUCUAAAGAAUGUCGGCCAGUUUGAUCCAGUUCCCUAGCUCGGAUUUUUUAUGUAACACGAUCGAGUGCCUGUCGCGUCUACAAGCGAGUUUGUAGUUAGAUAGCAGUCCAUUUGUUACUUGUACUUAUUUCUUAUUUCAAGCAAUCUUUAGAGACAAAUGGUUAGUAUAUGGAUAUUUUAAUGUACCAGUAACAAUCUUCUAGUGUUUUCAGAUGUUUUGCGGCAAAUGACAGCAACGAGGAAACUCUACGGCCUCUAUGGGAAUACUUCAACUGGAAAUACCGCUGGAUCAUCUGAAUAAAUUCGGAUCCACUGUGAAUGGAACAGCGUAGAUCACUAAUCCGUUAAUCUGGAUUUGAAUUCUUCGGAUUUCAAAUCUAAUGAAUCCUUUUUCAAAAAGGAUUCAGCAGAUCAAAAAUCCGGAUUUGGAUUUGCCGAAAGGAACGCGAAAUCCGUUCUUAGAUCUAAAAUCCGUUUUUGGAUUCACCGAAAGGAACACACCCCUAGUUACUACCAGUAAGAUAUCCUGUUGCUUGUUUACUGUAGGUUGUACAGUAUGUGGAUUCACUAGUUCCCACGGUCCGUAGAGCCCUCAUAGAUCCUUUGCCGGAGGUGCGAGUUGCAGCAGCCAAAACUUUUGAUCAACUCCACAGCACGAUUGGAACCAAAGCCUUGGACGAUAUCCUGCCAGAUCUGCUUCAGAAAAUGGUAACUUUUUUCUCGCUUUUGCCACUUUUACCUUGUCUGUUAGUUUAGUGUAUAGAAGCUACGAAAGGUCGUUUUGGGUUAGUUUAAUGACACACCCUGAAGAGGGACAGAAACAUGACGGGAUUACCUACCAAAUCUUUAAAGGGGUCAGAUUUUUGGAUUGGUUUCGCUUAGCGUUUUUCUUUUACCAAAUUGUACGACUUUAGGAUUACUGUAUCAAGGUGUCGUAAGUAUUUACACCGACCUUAUUGCUUUAAGAGAACUACAUGCACAACUGUCGUACUGGCGAGGGCGGGGGACUAGGAGGGGGAUGCUGGUUAAUGCUUUAAUAGGCUUGGAGUCGUAAUCGGAUUCAUAUUUUUGGUGAUGUUUCAGGAUGACCCGGCCUUGUCUGAGUAUGCGCUGGAUGGCCUGAGACAAGUGAUGGCUGUGAAGAGCAGAGUUGUGCUUCCUUUCUUGGUGCCUCAGGUAAGUUGCUUUAAAUCAGCAGUUUGAAUUAAGAUAAAUUAAUAUACUUAAAGAGAUACACGGUAUGAACUAUAAGAACAUCUUCAGGAUAUGUUCAUACUAUAGGAGAUAGCUUUUGCGCCGGCACGAAAACCGUAGCGGAUAAGGCUUCUGUUCACGCAGACAAAGAACGGUGAUCUUAACGCGAUGAAUUUAACGAGAGCAAAGCUGCGUUACGCCGAUCUCCAAAGUGGAGCCUCACUUGUCGGACAGAUUCUGUGCCACACUUUGGUGCAGUGUGAACAGGUUUUAGGACCAUAGCGGAAGUGAAUAAUAGAGAGCUUUAGAUUCUGAGACGAGUGCGAGGUUUUGUCAAUACUGCUUAGUGUGGGUGAGUGAGUGGAGCGAGUAAGCCAGCGUCAUUUUGGCGGGAAAAUGUGGUAGCCUACUUCAAGUUUUAGCGAGAAUGUCGUAGUGUCGAGUAAGAAGUAAUGAUGUAAGAACAUCAUUUUGCUUUCGGGAGAGGGCUUAACCUCCUUCAGUAUAAUUAACAGUACUAACUUUUUGGUGAAAAAAAGAAAAAUAGAAGCUUUCCGGGAUGUCUCAGUUGAUGGUAUUAUUGUGUUCGAGGUACGAGAACGCAACCCCUAAUUUGUGUUGGGUGUCCUGUGCAAUUCAUAAGGGAGGUUUUUUUGAGAUUGCAUUUUCGUCGUCGACACACAUUUGCCUCGCUUUGAGGCGCUUGCUUACGUUUUGCCUCACUUUGACGCGCCAACUCGUGGUGAUUCUUGUAUCCUCGGCGUUAAUCUUUCAAAGGUUUGCUGUCUUCGAGAAGCGUUCAUCUUUUAAAAAGUUUGCUGAAUCUUCGUAAAGCUUACAUCGAUCUGUGUUUGCUGAAUCGUCCGAAGCGUUCAUCUUUCAGAUGUUUGCUGUUAAAUUUUACUUUGGAUUAAGCCUUCAUAUUUUUCAGCGUGCUUCGUCGCUGUCUUUGGAAAAUGUCUGCGACUCCUGGUGCAUGCAUCAAACCGGGUUUAGUUCGGCGGCUGUUGUGCCAUAAAGUAAAUUUACCGAAUUGUGUAGCUCGGCGGCCGUUGUGUCACAAAGUCAAUUUAACGAGUUAUGUGGCUCGGCGGCCGUUGUGUCACAAACUAUAUCUACCGAGUUGUGUAGCUCGGCAGCCGUCGUGCCACAAAGUAAAUCUACCGAGAUGUGACGCUCGGCGGCGCCACUUAAUCAUGACUUGUGAUAUUUUCGGCACCGGACAAACGAACACUUUAACUCUAUGUUAUUUAUUAGGAAAAACUUAUAAACCAGCCCACAGUAGCGCCACUCUCGAGUCACUGAAAUCAACACGCUCGACCAAAUUAUUGGAAAAGUUAUUGACGUGAGCCGCACACACUUUCCAUUGAAGGCUUUGACAGGGUUAGUGCGAAGUUCGAAUUCAGACGUGAAAGCUUUUAAAACAGUAAAUUCAAUGUAAUUCAUUUUGUCAACAAGUUGAUGAUUGGAUGCUCUUAAGAAUAACAGAGAAUUUCAAAAUUAUCCAAAGCAGUGUUUUUCAAGAAAGAAAAAGAAUCCCGGGUAAAGCACUAAUCGGCCUUUGAGCAACUGCGCCCUGUAACUCGCACCAGUAAAACAAAAUGUUCUGUUUACACGCCCGACGCACUCUGGCCAAUGUCUCCUCCGAUUACAAGCACUUGACACCGAACCAUACGAUAUCUUUUGAAACCUUUCUUAUAAUGAUACACAGUUCAAAUAGAGGUUUCGCUGCACGAAACCCUCACGUUCAAAAUAUGCCAUAAUCAUAUUUAUCUAUAUUGCAACCACCCUUCCCCCUUAACUGCUACCUGUACGCCUAACAAACAUAUCGAACGCACUCUCCUAAGCUCCGAUUACUCCUAGUACUAUGGUUAUUGAUCUGAUUGGUCAAUUAUGUCGUGAUGUUAUUGGUCGUCUGUCAGUUAAAGGGACAGUGUCCCGAUUAUGCGCACGCGCGAGCGUCAUCUGUUUUUUCUUCAAAAGACAAUAGAACUGUCAUAUUGACUCGACAAGAUUUCCUUCCGGACCACACCGCCGACGGGGUUUUGUUGUUCAUAUUCUCAAGUAACAUUUUAGGCUUUCGAAGAAGUCUUUCGUCUUAUUUAAAAUUUGAUUAGCGGCACGAAGACUCAUCGCGAUUUUAUCGCCACCAGGGCCGCCUCGCGACCUGAAAAUCUCGUUUCGCUCGCUUUAAAAACCGCUUUUCUAAUGUGAAACUCGUGUCAGAGGUCAAUUGUUCCAAGUCCAGUGAUAUUUACCUGAUUUGCUCGCGUUCUAGCCUCAAACAUUUGAAAGAUGUAAAUAAAAAUGCACUCUCAACGCUAUGAAUCAUCGCAAAGGUUAGUCAAAAAUUAUAUUAUGAUUUCGUUGUACUAGUUUUUCUAAACAUGUAGCGCCUGUUUGUUUGAUUUUGUCGGCCGUAGGGAGUAAAAGUUUUGUAACGCGUCGUUGCAAAACAAUCUGCCUCACCAAGCUAAUUUCACGAGAUCUCCUUAGUACAGUCACAUCAAUGUCCCAAUGGUUUCUUUCUUACAGUCUUUAUAGUUGCUGUUUCGUUUCUGUGUAUUUCUUUCACAAUUAUCUGAGCUUGUAUGGAAGCCGGCAGAAGAAAUUAAGUCCUCAAUCGGCAUCAAAACGCUUCCCAUCUUUUGGUUCUCCGGCCAACGGCAAUAAAAGUAACGCCAAAAAAUCCCGAUUUCGCCCAAAUCAAAACUUAACGGGAACAUUACAUCAUUGAUCAGUAAUCCUGAGAAGUUUUAAUGUUAUACUGAACUCGGCCAAGCGCGAUGCAAACGGAUUUUUCAAGGUUCUCCUACUCUCCUCGCAUCUUUUGAUUUCGCGACAUCCUGUCCAAAAAUCAAAGUUUGGUGCAUGCGCAGUCACGGGAUACUGUUCCUUUAAGCCGUGAUGUUAUUGGCUAUGAAGACUCGUAAUCAGUAAUUGGUGCGUUUCGAUACUAAUGCCGUGUUUAGACUUGAGCGUGCUACCGAGGUAUUGGAGUUAACUUACCUAGGUAAAUAUUUUGCGUGUGUAAACGCCAACUGAUACCCUGGUAAACACCGCUCAAGAUAAUAGAAAGUUAACUAAGGUAAAAGUUCGGUUUGCCCUGCGAAAAGGCAUGGUUAAGGUCGGUAACCAAGGUUUGGAUGACAGAUACAUCCGCUUGCGGUCGCAUAGAAUUUCAAAUCCUGUGGUGUCGGGAUUGCGUCAGGCUCAUUCGAUCACGUUUUCGAGACCAGGUUUUCGAGACUAGGUUUUCGACCAGGUUUCCACGUUUGGUUUCGGUCUACGAAGAAGUUAUGGCAAAAACCAAAGACACAAAAGACACACCAUUCUUCAACAAAAUUUCCGCUUAAUAGAGUUUCGAACCAGAAUUGGUUUCUCGGCCACGACCACGCACGUCUAACGCGCCUUGUCUUGCGAAGGGCAAUUUGUAGCAGAAUUAAUCGCUUUCGCCUCCACCUCUUUAGGUGCUGCAAAAGUAAGAGCUGCUGCAAACUCGAUUCCUGGGUUUGCUGAUCAAGAACAAGAAAAUAAAACGCGAGGACUACAAGAGCCACAGCUUCUCUUUUAAACGCGAGCAUUUAUGCGGGGAUUUAGAAUUUGCCGCCAAUUCGAUUAGAUUGUGAUUGAUGACAGACUUACCUUAGUUAUUUGAGCCCGUAUAAACACUGUACAAAUGUACCAGGGUUUAGUCAGUUAAUGUUUACCUUGGUAAACGCUUGAGUGUAAACACAGCAUAAGUAAGGUAGUCGGUAAAAGUUGUUUACGUUUGUCAAGUCGUUGUUGACGACCAAUAACAUAGCGACAUAAUUGACCAAUCAGAUCAACAACCAGAAUAUAAUACCAUCAACUGACGUGAUACAACUCACUUUUUUUACUGAUUACGAGUCUUCAUAGCCAAUAACAUCGCGGCUUAACUGACAGACGACUAACAACAUCGCGACAUAAUUGACCAAUCAGAUCAAUAACCAGAGUAUAAUACCAUCAACUGACGUGAUACAACUCACUUUGACUCUGAAGAUGACUACCGCACAGGUUGUCAAAACGUCACUCACUGUCAACAACAACAGUCCUAUUCAGGACUACGUUCACCCGGACGAUCAAACGCAACCUACUUUUGAGUUCAUUGCAUGUUAUUAUUUUCUUACCUUUUGAUAAUGAUGACAUGAAGUCAUCGAAACGUCAAAUGGUUUUUCUUUUUUCGUUUUUUUCUUAAAAUGUAUUUUCAAAUAUAUUCUUAUCAGAAGCUUAUUAUUGUUAUGAAUUAUAGCCAUUUAAAUUCAUCUUUUGUCUUUCUUAUCCAAGGUAAUAUAUCUAAUAACCUAUUUUUCUUUUAGCUUAUUACACCUCCUGUGAACACACGCGCGCUGGCCAUACUGUCUGCAGUCGCUGGUGAUGCUCUGACCCGUCAUUUGAGUAAGAUCCUACCAGCCAUGCUGAAGGCAAUCCAAGGAUGCUUUGGAACUGAACACGAGAAAGAGGUAUGUUAACACGUGCGCACGUGGUCGCGCGUGGCCCAAAUGUACUUGAAUCAAUCACAAAAGAACACGUCCAAGUCUCCGCCAUGAUGUCCAAGAUACCUUAGGGACGCUUAACAAAGAUCGGAACUGGCCAACCAGCACGCUAACAUUUUAAAAUAAAAUGGGCUAUCUUCGAGAGUUCUCGCUAAAGACAUCACUGUCGUAUAGACUGAUCUGCAGGCUGAACAGUCCUGAUUGAUUAAUAGUGGAAUUCUGUUUAUGACUGGCUUGGUCUAGCCGGCCAUUUCUGACCAAUGGUAAGCGACUUAAGUGUCACAUUUCGCUCGCGCUAAGCGUGGUAACUAAGCAAGGUUUUCUGGUUGAAAGCCAGCAACCUUUGUAUUCCCUUGAUACAGGUAGCAAUGUUUACGUUUAAGGAAAGAAUGCGAGGUAAACCGACUAAAUCAUCCAUCGAUUUUUAUAAGAACGCUUAUGGUUCUUUAGUGUGUAACUCUAGCAGCCUUGCUUGAAAUUUUCCAAAGCUGGGCACGUUAGCAAAGAUAUCUUUAUCAUAACUGAAUCCGUUACUCAUCAGCUUCUUUGCCGUGAGCUCCCAUAUGAACUGGCUGCUUCAUACCCACGCGCUUCUUGAGAUUUUCUGCAGUAGUCGCGGCGCAAGGUAUCAUGGUCACAUUGAACCUUCCCUUGUGCCUUUGCGUUUUUGAAACUUUCCCAUGAUCCUUGCGCCGCAACUACCGUUGAAAAUCCUAAGAAGCGCUUGGGUUUGAUGCAGUGGAAAAGGAUGAAAGAACUGAUUUGUGAAGUGUCAUGUUUUGUUGUACACUGUUCACAGUCUCCUAUCUUUCCGUAACCUCCACGAUCUAACGGAAACAGAGGGGACUGUAAACAGUUUAGUUUUGUUGCUGUUGUACAGGAGCUUGAAGGGGCGUCAAGUCUGGUGCUCUCGGUGCAUGAUGAUGUAGGAAUCAGGACCAUUAUGGACGAGCUGAUGGCAGCGUCUAAAAACCCAGCUCCUGGCAUGCGAAGGGUGAGGGACUUUCUGUUUUAACGCGACUUUAAAAUUUACAUCAUUUGGUACCCAGACCUCCCACGGCCAGCGUAAGAUAGAGUGGGAUCUGGAUACGAGAUUAAAAUCUCACGACUAUCUAGAAAUGACCAAGUGUAAUAAUAUGGCAAAAGUCGCCACUAUUACAAAAAUAAAACCACGUGAACCUUUAAAACUUUGUAGCACGUAACAGCUAAAAUGAUUUUAUGAAAGCGGAAAUCCUGUGGCUUUGGAAAUUCGGUACAGUCACACCUGCCGCACCACUUGGAAACUGAAUAGCCAUCUUUCUCGAGCUUAGAAUUCCUUUGGUCAGUGUUCAACAGUGCUUAGGCACUUACCAUUCCAUUAUUCCAUUAAUCUUUCACGUAAGCAGUAUGUCCGCAAUUUCAUCAGUAUACCUAGAACGAUCUUCGGCAUUCAAUUGACCAAUGAAUUCGAGUCUAAAUAUAUUUCAUUUGUUUUCUCCAGGCUGCAAUCUCCCUCCUGCAUUCGUUCUGCGAGGAGACUAAGGUGGACUAUUCCCAGUUCAUCCCGGCCCUGUUUCGUGGUAUUAUUCACCUGAUGAAUGACACUGAUGACCUGGUGGUUGAUAUGAGUUGGAAUGCUUUGAAUGCGGUGACCAAGGUAAACAAAUACAAUCAUGGUUCUGUGUUAUUUACUUCCCCUUGAUAAUAAUUUAUUUUGCUAUUCGCCACUUUAAGACACUGAGUAGAGUUUACAUUCGCAAAGACUUCUGGGACUGUUACUGGGGACAGGGAAAACAAAUUGGCCAAUAAUUAGAAUUAAACCCCAAAAGGAAAACAAUUUGGGUGUGGCUCUUUGUCCGCAAAGGAGACUAUGCGAAAAAACAAACAAACAGACAAGUAGCACCAUAUGACAGUACUGCUUAGGGGGUUUCAGUUGAUUGCUAACACCAUAAGAUUUCAUCCACAGACUCAAAAGUUAGAACUACAUACUAAAUAAAUAGUACCAUGUGAAAGUACUGCUGAAGAGGUUUCAUUUGAAUGGUCACACCGCAGGAUUUCAUCCACAGACUCAAAAGUUAGAACUAAAUUCUAAAUAAACAGCACCAUGCGAAAGUACUACCGAAAAGGUUUCAUUUGAAUGGUCACACCGCAGGAUUUCAUCCAUAGACUCAAAAGUUAGAACUAAAUUCUAAAUAAACAGCACCAUGUGAAAGUACUACCGAAAAGGUUUCAUUUGAAUGGUCACACCGCAGGAUUUCAUCCACAGACUCAAAAGUUAGAACUAAAUUCUAAAUAAACAGCACCAUGCGAAAGUACUACCGAAAAGGUUUCAUUUGAAUGGUCACACCGCAGGAUUUCAUCCACAGACUCAAAAGUUAGAACUAAAUUCUAAAUAAACAGCACCAUGUGAAAGUACUACCGAAAAGGUUUCAUUUGAAUGGUCACACCGCAGGAUUUCAUCCACAGACUCAAAAGUUAGAACUAAAUUCUAAAUAAACAGCACCAUGUGAAAGUACUACCGAAAAGGUUUCAUUUGAAUGGUCACACCGCAGGAUUUCAUCCACAGACUCAAAAGUUAGAACCAGGUACUAAAUAAAUAACAUCCCCUUUAAAGAGCUACUGAAGGGCCAUCAUUUGAGGAGUCGUAAUAAAGAAUUUGUUUCCCAGACUAAAAUGUUAGAACCACGUUUCCUUUGUUCAUCGAUGUAGCAGAGAACGUCUGAUAUGGAUGCAAUUAACAGGUUUUGCUAUGUCUCUCUGUUUCUCUCUGUCUUCUUCGUUUGGUUCUUGUGUUUUCAUACUGUUCACUUCGGCAAAGAUCAAUAUUUAUUUUAGGGACAGCUAAACAGUCACAUGGUGCAAAAAUUCCUCGCUGGAAAGCAAACAACACAGUGGCAUCUUGAAAAGAUCUUGAUGUAAUUAUGUUGUUUUUAUAGCGCCGCUGCACCUUAAUGCUCUCCAGCAAAGUGUUUUUAGCCCACGUGAAUGUCAUCCCGCAAAGGGCCCAACCUUAACUCUUGUUAUUUUGUAGCAUUUGGAACCCAGUGAACAGUUGCAAUACAUCAGUCACCUGCGCCAGGCUGUCAAGUUUGUCGCUGAUGACGUCAAAGAUGGGGAUUUGCCAGGAUUCUGUCUUCCCAAAAAGGUCUGUUCCCAAGAGAGAUCAAUUUACAAAUUCUUAUUUCAGACUUCACCCGAGUUUGCUCGCAAUAUUAGUAAGGGAUAUCAGAUGUUCAAUUCUGUCCCUAAACAGCGAUACAUUUGAAUCAUUAGUAUUUUUUUCCUUUGUUCAGAUAUCCUUUCGCCGCGUGGGGUAAUUUCAAUUUCUUAGCCUGAGCAAACAGACGACGACGACAUUUCGUGACGCCCCCAUUGAUCUCCCCGCAAAAUGACGUCUGAGGAACGAGCGCAGAAAUUCCAUACUGAUGACGUGUCACUAGGUAGAGCUUCCGAUUGGUUGAAAAUUUGCGUCGGCCAAUCAGAAGCACUGCCUCAUCGGUAUGGGAUUUCUGCGCUCGUUUCCCAGAAGGCAUUUUGCGGGGCGAUGGGGCGAAAUAUCGGCUGUUUUCUCUGGCUAGCAAUUUCUAGAAAGCUAAAAAACUGAUCGUAAAACCCUUUGUGAAUUGUUGGAAGAACAAAUUCGAUUGUAUAGCGAUGCUGUUUAUUAUGAUUUCUGAUUUUAUUACCAGGGUAUUGCACCAAUUCUACCAAUCUUCCGUGAAGGUAUUCUUAAUGGCACUCCUGAGUUGAAGGAGCAAGCUGCUAAUGGGCUGGGAGAGGUUAUAAGUCUGACGAGCGCCGCAGCUCUAAGGCCCUUUGUGGUGAACAUCACAGGGCCGCUGAUUCGUAUCCUUGGAGACAGGUUCUCGUGGAAUGUCAAAGUGGCUGUGCUUCAGACUUUAGGGCUGUUGUUAGGCAAGGUAUGGACUCUUUCUACAGAAUUUGAAUUAAUGAGGACUGUUGAAUCCUACUUCUCUGCAGCGCUUUAGAUUAUUAUAACUUGUAUUGUAUUAAAAUCGAAUUGACUCAGCUGAUACAAAAGAGGAACGCCUUAUGUAUAAUCAUGGCCAAAUACAAAUGUUUUGUUCAGUGCUACUCUUCUAGCUCAUGCGGCUACUAGCAAAACCCAUAGCCGCGCGAUUAAAGGCUUUUGAAGAGUGUUUGUCGAUAGUUCCAUUCAAUGUCCAGUGUAAGAUCUCACUUCUCAUUUGGUUUGCUUUUUUUAGUCACUUCUGUGUUUACGGCUCUAGGGCGUGGUCACUAUUCUAGCAACUGCCCAAGAGAGUAGGUUUAAUAUUGCAUAGCAUUAACGUGUAGGUCUGCAAUGGGUCCGCAAGGUAAUUAAACAACAGUGUAAACUCGUUAUGACUAACGGCAUUUUGGGGUAAAAAAACAAAUUCUUUGGCUAUAUUUUGCGAUCUUCUUUCUUAAUUAGUUGGAGCAAAGUGCAUCUUUUGUGACCUGUGUGAUAUACAUGUUUCAUUUUUCAGGUGGGCGCCAUGUUGAAGCCAUUCCUGCCUCAACUGCAAACCACCUUCAUCAAGGCACUGAACGAUCCUACCCGCGCAGUGCGCAUGUGCGCUGCCAAGGCUCUGCAGAAGCUCAUUAAGCUUCACACUCGUGUGGAUCCACUGUUUACGGAACUACACAAUGGGGUCAAGAACACAGAGGACAACACCAUUAGGUACAACAGAUACUCGUAAACGACCUUUAGUUUUGUCUACAAGUAUCGCUUCUAGUACGAGUUCUACAUUGGAAUCCGGUGGCUAAAUGCAAAGUUGAAAUCUAGCCAAUGCUGGUCAGCGGUUUCAAUUUAUAUGGUGGAUGGUUCCAGGGGUGUUUAAAUGUGCUUUCCGCUUUGUUGAGGUUGCUUUUCGAGCACAGUGUACAUGCAAUGGAGACCUCCUCUUUUGAAUAUAUGAACACUGCGAUGAUCUUCUUUCGUAUAAUUCUUUCAUAUAGUUGAGGAGUUGAGGAGACUGCUGCCUCCUCGCUUGCUAGUUGCUACCUUUCAUUGCACUUACCCUCCAUACCUCAACUGGCUUAGAGUUUGCACACAGUUAUGCACUCAGAGCUUAAACUCAUUUCUGUUGCUGUCUAGCAUAAAGAGACGUAAGGUGCAAGAUUGCUGUGACAAGCGAUUAUCUAGAGCACAUAAACUUGGGUUGAAAACUCUCACUUGUACUCAGUCUCCCAUGAAGCGUAGUCGUUGUGACUUACGGUUGUUAAGGGCUGGUCUUAAUUGAUCAGAAUUUCGAUAGUGAUAUCCAUAGGAUAUAUUGCUGUCCAAUAGAUCAAUGUCACAGUAUUGCGUUGUUUAGUGGAUAGUGACUUGUCUUGUGGAUAGCACUAUUCACCCAUUGAACAACUGGGGCUUGGUACAGUGGAACCUCGAUAUAACAAACCUCUAUAUAACGAAGUCCUCGCUAUAACGAACGAUUUCCUUCACCCCAGUAAUAGUAAAAUAUAUGAAAAAGAACCUCGAUAUAACGAAACCUCUUCAUAGCGAACAAAUGUUGCCAGUCCCUUGCCAAAUCGUUAUAUCGAGUUUCCACUGUAUUGGUCUUAAAAAUGAGUGACAUCACCAAACACACAGUCCAAUUACAAAGUAUCACCGAGCAAAGCCAAGACAACUGAAAAAUUACUGUCCGUCCAUAUUCAACUAGAUUCCACAGAGUAAAGCCUGAGUACAAAUUUGCCAUCGAAUUUUUAUCACUUUUUGUAAAAAAAAUGUUCAAAGCACUUGUAUUGUUUUUGUCAAAAGGCGCGCGCAAGAAGUCAAACGAAUACCUGCAUCGUGAGAAACAACUUGCCGUAAUUUGAUGUACCAUAUACAUUUAUAACAUUUACAGUCUCGGAUCUGAGUAAACCAGUCGAUUACUACCAGUCUUUUGUCCCCCAGAAUACGACCAAUUGUUAUCAAAUGGGACACAAACUGCGUUACACGUUAACACUAUCUUUAUACUGAAUGUUCGAAAUUGUGUAUCGCUAAAUAGCCCACGAUUUCGUUUUCUCUUUAGAGAGACACUGCUGCAGGCACUGAGAGGUGUGAUCGCAGGUGCAGGUCAAAAGAUGGGUGAUCCAAUCAGAAAGACACUAACCACUACACUGCUGGAUUUACUGGGACAUGGUGAUGUAAGUACAUUUUAAAGUUCUGUGUUUUGACCAACAAAACAAUAAUCCUACCAAGCUGGCUUUGGUUGGUGAUCCAGCAAAAAAAGGAAGUUAUUGACCACUGUAUUGAUAAUAUAUACUACUAAUUGUAAGUUCUAUAGUGAACGAUACCCUGAUGAGAUCACCACCACUUUUGUGACUUUCAGAGCUAUGUCGGCUGGAGUUGUGUACUCCUGGUAGAGACGAGUCUAAGUUUGAGCCCCUGGUCCUUCUCCCUUGGGCUGAGGGCCAAUAACACCCACCCCUCCCGUAGAACUGCAUUAUCUCAGAAACCAAGGCCGUAUGCGUCACGAAGCGCCAAGUAGAUAACAAAAACGAUAACCGGAACCUCAGUAAAAAGGCUGUAAUAACCGUCAAAUCACAGGCCUGCUAUAGAACUGAAAAUUUCGAUUUUCCGACAGGUUCGACCUUUUGGGGGAAGAUGGGAGGUUGUAGCUUCAGUUACUGAAGGAAACUCGAGAGUUUAUUCUUAUCUCAAGCUUGUAACGUAACAAUUAUUGCAAAUUACAAAAAGGUGUUAUCAAUUAGGUAGAGAUUGAUCUCCUAAGUAGACUAAUAGCUAAUAUCUGUGUCUUCAGGAAUGUUCAUAUACUUUAAUGAUAGGCUAGUUAUUCUCUAAAUUCUAUGAAUGGUUUUGCAGGAUAACAUUCGUGUGGCAGCUGGAGGCUGCGUUGGAUCGUUAGCUCUCAUUGUACCUGAACCCGAGCUAGAAUCUAUCAUCAAUGACCAGCUUAUAGGUAUGACAUGUUUACAAGUACAGUUAGCACAAACAAACAAAGACAACAGAGUGUCGUCAUUACCACAAUCACAAAGUCCGAGAUAGUGUCUAACGUGACAGACGGACACAGGAUAUAUCGGGCAAGUUUGUAACGUAACGAACGCAUACAGAGAAGAACUGGCUAGUCUCUAACAUAACGAAUUCACACAGAACAUAGCGAGCUACAGUUAUCACGUAACGAACGCUUACAGUACAGAACGUGCUAGUGUAUAACGUAAAAGCAAGCAAUGCACAAUUGCAUAGUAUCAACUUGUAAGCUAGUUAUUGUUAGUGUCACCUUGUAAGUACCGUUCAUUGUAUUGCCUCUAUGUAAUUUACUGUCCGUAAGUACCUGUUUUGUUAAGAUUGCAAAAAAAAAACAGACGCACAUAGAUCAUGGAGUGCUAAUGUCUAACGUAACACAAGCAAACAGGACAGAGCGUGCUAGUGUAUACACUAGCUCGCUCUGUUGUAUGUUUAACUGUCACGAUACCACUGCAGCAUUCUGUCCUAUGUGUCCCUGUUACGUUAUAAACCAACGAGCGCGCUCCGUACUUUGAUUCAUGCGCUGGUUUAUAACGUAACAGGGACACAUAGGACAGAAUGCUGCAGUGGUAUCGUGACAGUUAAACAUACAACAGAGCGAGCUAGUGUAUAAAUUAACAGUGAUCAUAGAAGAGAUCAACAAUGAAACAGAUCAGAUCGCGCUAAUGUAUAAAUUACAUUUCUUCCUACAGUAAACGACCCUACCGUUGAUUGGACCGUAAGACAUGGUCACGCUAUUGCUCUGUCAGCGGUCUUACAUGAUGCUGUGGAGAGAAUAGUGGCCCAGGGCCUUUAUGACGUUGUUACUGACGCGGCCGUGGAACACGCUAUGACAGACAGGGUGAGUAAGUCUUAAGCAAAGAACUUUGGGCUUGAACGAAGGCGGAGUGCGCCUCGCAAAAAAGAAAAAAAACUUGGAUAGUUAUGCAAGGUUACACCACUUUUAACGUGUAUGGAAAGUAUAGGAAGAGUACAAGAUGCGUUUUUGAGGUAACUGAUCAGGGCCCGCCCUUGAUUUGGCCUCCCUCUUGUUGGUAGAAAGUGUCCUAUAUUCUGAUAGUUACAGCAUCAUUUCAGCCGUAUGCACUUGGUUUGUAAAUUUUGUUAUCUUUAGGCUAGUGAGUAUGUUAGGGAGGAAGGGAGGGAAUGAACGAGCGAACGAACAACCUAAAGAACGAAAGAUUACGCAGAAUUUUGCGAUUAAACACUGAUUCAGAUCGCUCUAGGGUUAUCCAUUGUAAAAGAGUUGUCUAUAUUAGAGCAACUUUUACCCUUGAGGAAUUUCCACUUUUAGAGAGAGGAGACUGCUUUUCAGAGAAGUCUACAGAAGUAAUAGUUGUGUCCAUGUUAGAGGGGUGUGGCAGUAUAGGGGUGUCCCUCUGGGAGGGAGUUUUCUCGGUGGGGAGAGUUGACUGGUGAAACGUCAGAAAGAAGAGAGAGAAAAGUGGAUGAUAAUAAUAGAUGACCGAUUAGGUUUGCUUUCUCAACAAAUAUUGCAUCUAUGUGCACUGUAUUUGUUUUUCUAGAUACCUAUCUGCAGUUCCGGCGUGCGAUCUCUCGGCUACAUUCUCGCGCACUCAGUAGUUCAGUGCGAGUCACCACCACCGCAGGUUUUGGAAACACUCUUCAAGGUAAGACAUACAACCAAAAAAAGUAAUUCAUUGUUCAAGUCAUCAGUAGGUUCCUUUCUCCUUUAGUAACGGUAAAAGUAAAAAUCAUUAUUUUACGUCGUUAACUCGUGAGAGGACUUAAUCUGACAAACCUGAGUACGACUGUGCGCUUUUUUGAUCCCCUUUCUUUAUCAGCACUCUGUUUUACGGUUAUUUAAAGCUAAUACUAUAUACGGAAUGGCAAAAAGUCAAAACAAGGAUUUGAGGUCACACCUGAGAAUCGAACGUGAAACUUCCGGCAAAGAAGGCUGCGCACUAACCGACUGUGCUAAUUCUUGCUCCUUAAGGUAGAUUUCCACUGUCGCGUAAUUUUUACGUGCGUACGCACAUAAAUAAAAUAAAGACAACGUAUGGAAGGUCACGCGCAUACGUAAAAGUUGAACCUCGCUCAACUUUUACGUUUAAGCGUGGCCUUUCAUACAUUGUCUCUAUUUCAUUUACCCUCGUAAAUUUUACAUAUCAACUCUGUCCUGCUCCUGUCCUGUAUUUCAACUGUACUGAGGGUCCCCAAUAGGACUUUUCGGGAUCCGGGAUUUGCCUCAUCUGAAGACCGGUAUUCAGGAUUUCAAAGCAAAAGAGGGACGAGAUUCGGGAUGGAAAGAAUGCACGGGAUGCGGGAUGAUCGAGAUCACGGGAUUGGUUCGGGAUGAUAGGAUUGAAGAACCCUAUUGGGGACCCUCUGUACUCGCAGCCAUAAUUUUAUGAUUUGUGUCCAUGGCGUUUCACAUAACAAUUUGUUUCUAGAUGCUACAAGAUGGCUCAAACGAUAUUAAAAUGCUAGCGUCCGCGUCUAUAAAGCACGGGGCGCGCGCGAGCUCUGCACCAUUGGACAGCACGCUUCUGAAGAUGUUAAUUCCAGCGCUUCUCGGAUCUUGCAAGGAAAAGAAUACCGCAGUAAAGGCUGCUGCUGAGUCCGCGCUCAUGUAUGUACUGCGGCUACGAGAUGGCGAGUCAACACUUCAGGUAAAAGUAUCCAGUUUUGUCUUUUUUCUAUUUGUAUUUGAAAAUGUGUUUAAAGAGCCAAAUUUGCUAAAACCUUAAUCCUAGUCUUUCUCUCUUUCUAAUGUUUUAUAUUAAAAAGGUACAAUCACAACUGAAAACACUUGCAGUUACGGUUAAACCUCCCGUAAGCGACCACCCAACGUUCGAAAAUGUUGAGGUCGCUUACUGGAGGUGACCGCUUACGAGAAUCGAAUCAUUAUAAUUAUUAUUAAUUAUUACUAUCAUCAUCAUCAUCAUCAUCAUUAUCAUUGUCAUUAUCAUUGUCUUUGUCAUCAUUUUUAUUUUAUUUUUUUCUCUAUAAGGCGGACACCUCCCUAAAACCGACACCUUGAGUUACUCUCUGCUGAUCUUCAGUUAUUUUCUCUGAUUCACGAUGAGGCAAACACCUCCCUAAAGCGAACACCUAGAAUUGGUCCCUGUCGUUUUUCAGUUAUUUUCUUUGACUCUCUAUAUGACAGACACUCUCUAUGGUAGAUGCUGAUCCCGACAUUGUCCAACUUAGAGUUAACUCUAAAUAGAUAUCACAAUAAAACUUACAAAUGUGUUGGAUUUGUUUCAGACAUGUUGCCGUAUGUUCGAUGCCAGCACAGCAGAGAGCAUACAAGAUCUGUGUCGGCGUUCGUUACGUCGCUUAGCAACACAAGAGAGUGACGAUGACGAGUUGGAAUCGUAUUUCUCGUCCGUAGACCAAGGAUGACACAGGCUGAUUGGCGUGUAGCCAUAGCAACGAUUAUCACAGGAUGAUAUAGUUUGUUGAAUUGCAACUUAAUCAUCAAUGGACUUGUGAGCCCAUACUGCUGUGUUCUUCGUCAGAUCUAGCUCGCCGAGCGUGGAAGAAAGAGACUUGAGCCACUUUAUAAAACAAACAUCACUAAGUUUUAGUUUCGAAAUGUAAUGCC